AUGGAGAAGUGGAUUGAGUUAGGCAAGGAGUUUGGUUUGAAGGAAAAAGAACUAUUAGACUUUGUAAAAAAUCAACAAGAAAUCGAAAGGCGUAAAGUAGACGACGAUCGACAAGAAAGACAGCGAGAGCGCGACAUUAAGAAACUAGAAUCGAAGGAGAGAGAACGACAACAACAGCGAGAACUCGAGGUGAAGGAGCGUGAAAGAGAAGCCCAAGCGAGAGAGAAGGAGGCGAUGCGAAGGCACGAACUGGAAAUGAAGCAACUUGAAGUAGAAGGACUUAAUACAGACGGGGGCGUUAGUGAGCAUCACUCGGGAAUCGUCACAGCGAAAAUGCCGAAGUUACCACAGUCUAUCGACGGUCAGGAUGAUUUGGAUAGCUACCUACAAAGGUUCGCACGCUUCGCGAAAAGCAAUAAAUGGAACGAGUCGAUUUGGGCGACGUCGCUGAGUGCUUUGUUGACAGGUAAGGCGCUAGACGUUUACUCUAGGAUGUCAGAAACAGUCGCAGUAGAUUAAAAAGAGUUGAAGGAAGCCCUGUUGAAGAGAUACGACCUGAGAGAGAACGGGUUUCGAGUACGAUUUAGGAACAGCAAACCAGAAGAGGGAGAAAGCCCGGAACAAUUUAUAACUAGACUAAAACGCUAUUUAACUCGUUGGAUUGACCUAGCAAAAACCGAAAAGUCAUUCGAAGGGUUGUGCGAACUGUUUGUUAAGGAAAAACUUAUUGAUGCAUGCCCUGAGGAUUUAGCAAUUUAUCUGCGAGAAAGAGACCCCGAAAACUUAGACGAGGCGGCAAAAGUUGCUGAGCAAUUCCUGAUUGCUCAUGGAAAGAAACUACACUCCCCAUCCAAGCCACCCAAGGGGAAAUAUCCUCCAAGCGGAAGUACUGGAAGCGAGAAGGGAGGAAAACCAGGGGGGAGGAUGCAAUGUUUUACCUGUGGAGGGUAUGGCCAUAAGGCAAUUGACUACAGUAAGAACCCAAACAAGUCUACCCCAAAGUUGAGAAACGCUGCUUUCUGUGCGAUCGCACUGGCCAUUUGGCGAGAGAGUGCAAGUUGA